CCUGUGGAUCCAAAUCCAACGGCCCACGGGUAUCCUAACACCUGCCCAAAAGAGGACCGAGGAGUCUUCCUCCCCCGUCCACCGCUGCUCGCGAAUCACCACAGAUCGCCGCGGCGGAGACGAAGAGCGGCGGCGCAGAGGCUCUCAGAUCCGGCGAGAUGGCGGCGAAGGCGAUCUCGAGCCCCGUGCCGGUGGACUGGUACCCGACGCUGGCCGUCGUCAUGGUCGCCGUCGGCCUCAUGUUCACCGCCUCUUUCUUCAUCUAUGAAGCGACUUCAUCCAGGCGUAACCGUAGCUUAGCAAAGGAGAUUGCCACAGCAACCAUCGCAUCUGUUUUUCUGGGGUUUGGAUCUCUUUUCGUGCUUCUUGCAAGUGGUGUUUAUGUCUGAUCGCCUGGGGCCAUGCAGAAAGCAUUUUGUUGUGUUAUCUAUUCCAUAGUGAAAGUUCAUCUAGGAUAUGUAAGGUCCUGAAAUUACGUGCAUGUUCCUACUUCUUAGGUAAUAUGCCUUAUCGACAUGGGUAUGCUUUAGAUAAAAAUUGACGAGAGGUGUUUAAGACUUAUUUUUGUGCCAUUAUAUUAGGCAAAAUUUGCUACAGUGCACCGAAAGAUUGCGGUCUUUGCUGUGACACACCCGAAGAUUGUGUAUUUGCUCGUGGACACCUAAAAAAUAUGGUAAUUAGCUAGUGGACACCGACCGCAUUAUUUUA